AUGAGGUCGGAAUAUUUUAUAAAUAAAUAUUUAUUAUUACCUAGUGAUGUAUCCGAAAGGACCAAGGCUCCCGAAAUUUUGGGGGGGCGUGUCAAGACAUUGCACCCUGUGGUUCAUGGCGGAAUUCUUGCUCGAGAUAUCCCAAGUGACAACGCUGACCUCGCUGCACAAGACAUACACAAAAUCGAUUUUGUUGUUUGCAAUCUUUAUCCCUUUAAAGAGACGGUGGCCAAGGAAGGUAUCACUAUUGCGGAAGCUGUAGAAGAAAUCGACAUCGGUGGUGUCACACUUUUGAGAGCGGCGGCAAAGAAUCACGGUCGCGUAACCGUCCUUUCGGAUCCGAAAGAUUAUUCUAAUUUUUUGACAGAAUUAAGAGGUGGAAACAUUUCCGAAGAGACGCGCCGAUUGUAUGCACUAAAGGCAUUCAAUCACACGGCUGAUUACGAUGAGGCCAUUUCAAAUUAUUUCAGGCAGAAAUAUUCCGAGAAUGUUUCACAACUUACUCUGCGCUAUGGGGCUAAUCCACAUCAGAAGCCCGCGCAAGUUUUUGUCAAAGAAGGACAACUGCCAAUUAAGGUUCUUUCUGGAUCUCCGGGUUAUAUAAACCUCCUUGAUGCACUUAACGGCUGGCCACUUGUCAAGGAGUUGAAAGCUGCAUUGAACAUUCCUGCCGCAGCAUCCUUCAAACACGUCUCUCCGGCAGGCGCCGCCGUAGGUCUCCCAUUGUCCGACAUAGAAAAGAAGGUUUAUUUUGUCGACGAUCUCAAGGAAUUAUCGCCUUUGGCGAUCGCGUAUGCUCGUGCGCGAGGUGCAGACAGAAUGUCUUCUUUUGGAGAUUGGAUUUCCCUGAGCGACAUUGUGGAUGUACCCACUGCAAAGAUUAUAUCACGUGAGGUUUCCGACGGUAUCAUUGCUCCCGGUUAUGAGGCGGAAGCGUUGGAGAUUCUUCGCAAGAAGAAAGACGGAAAAUAUACCAUUCUUCAGAUCGAUCCAACCUAUGAACCCCCGGAGUUUGAGACACGCCAAGUUUACGGAUUGUGUCUUCAACAAAAGCGUAACAACUUCCAGAUUGACGCGAAACUUUUUGAAAACAUCGUCACGGAAAACAAGAAUGUACCUGAAUCGGCCAUCACGGACCUGAUCGUCGCAACCAUCGCUCUCAAAUAUACACAAUCUAAUUCAGUGUGCUACGCCAAGAACGGCAUGGUAAUUGGUCUAGGUGCAGGUCAACAAUCACGCAUUCAUUGUACGCGUCUGGCUGGUGAUAAGGCCGACAACUGGUGGUUGCGUCAUCAUCCCAAGGUGCUCGCGUUUGACUUCAAGAAGUCAACAAAAAGGGCAGAAAAAAGCAACGCAAUCGAUCUUUACGUUCUCGAUAAAGUUGGCGAGGGUAUCGAACGUGCCUCUUGGGAAUCUCAAUUCAACACCCUUCCUGAACCUCUAACUCUGGAAGAACGCAAACAGCAUCUAUCAACACUUACCGGCGUUGCGCUUUCCUCCGAUGCAUUCUUCCCCUUUUCCGACAACAUUCACCGCGCCCGACAAUCCGGUGUCACCUAUGUCGCAGCUCCGAGUGGUUCCGUGCAAGAUGAUGCGGUCAUAAAAGAGAAAUCGCCUUGUCGGCGCCUCGAAGGAUUCCUCCAACAUCUAGAACUCAAGCUCUGGUAG